AUGCUUUCCAUCGUAUCCCUCUUGGCCUGCGUCGCCGCCGUCGCCGCCGUCCCAAACCCUGCUCUUGGCGUUCCUGUUGCCACUGGCACGAGCAGCUCCGUCCGUCCUAACCCAUCCCAGGUUUACAUCAACAGUAUUUCCUACGGUGGAACUGGAUGCCCACAAGGCUCUGUGGGAUCCUUCAUCUCAGAUGAUAGACAGACGUGGGUGUCCAAAGGCGCCAUUGUAGUAGUUGAUGCUUACCCGCCUUCAAGGUUCACCCUCAUUUUCGACUCUUACGUUGCAUCCAUCGGCCCCACUGUUGCCGCCACCGAGAAUCGCAAGAACUGCCAGCUGAACUUGGACCUCCAGUACCCGUCUGGCUUCCAGUACAGCAUCUUCACAACGCAGUUCCGUGGUUACGCCGCUCUUGACAAGGGCGUGCAGGGCACACAGAAGGCCACCUAUUACUUCUCUGGCCAGGCUGCGCAGGUGUCCAGUUCUACCGUCUUUGAUGGCCCCAUCUCAACUGAUUACUCCGUCUCUGAUAGUGUCCCAUUCACCUCUACCAUCUGGUCUCCUUGCGGACAAGCUCUCCCACUUAACAUCAACUCCCAGGUCCGCUUGACUAGCAGUGUUUCUGGCGCGACCGGUCUCCUCACAGAUGACUCUAUUGAUGGCCACAUCACCUAUGUUGUUGGCAUCCAGUGGCAGGCUUGCACAAAGUAGAUUUAAACAAUCUUCGAGACGAGGCAAGCACUUUCGUCGAUUCUAAAGCUGCUCGUUCCUGGAAAUUUGACCUGCGGACUUUGGUGUGGAUCAAGUUUGAUGAAUUGGUGGACUGUUGGAUGGGAAGUAUUGGCCAAUAGUGACGAGUGAGUGGAUGUUGGUAGUUGGUAGCUCGUAUACUGUC